AUGUCGGCAGAAGACAUUAUGUCGACGGGAGAUGUCACUCCGGCUGCGAUUAAGGACACCGGGUAUGUGCUGAUAGGGUUCACUUCGCUAGUUGUCGCUGUGCGGCUUGCUGGCUCCAUUCGUCAGGUCAAGGAUAUCAAGGCAGAAGACUUUCUCAUUCUUAUUGCCUAUGCACUUUUCCUCGAGCUGGCCAUUCUGUACAUCAUCAUCACGCCCGUCAUAUUCCGACUGGCUGCCCUCGAGGGCGGCUUGAUUCCCAUGUAUGCUGGGGUUGAACAUGACAGUUUGCAGCUUCAAAUUUUCUUCUUUGUCACCACAUCCUCGUUAUGGCUGUGCCUGUGGAUGGUCAAGUUCUCGCUGCUAUCGAUGUAUAAGCGUUUUUUGAGUGGAAGGGCAUACAUCAUUGCAUGGUGGCUAAUUCUUGUGUUCUGUAUCUUGUUUUUGAUCGGCUGUAUCCUGUCAUCCUGGUUCUCAUGCUCCAGUUUCCACGCCUGGUUUACUGCGGGAGAAUGCAACACCGCGCGAGACCACCGUGCCUCAGUGAUCAGCCUGUAUUACUCCUAUGCAGUCGAUCUAGCUACAGACUUCUCGAUCAUGGUUCUGCCCCUCGGUCUUAUCUGGAAGCUGAAGAUGGAACGCGCACGGAAACUGAGCAUCAGCGGACUCUUCUGUCUCGGCUGGGUUUGCAUCGUCAUCGCCACCAUUCGUGUCAUCCAGUUGAGAGAUAAUAGUUCCAAUGGCCAGCCCAAGCCAGCAUGGCUGGCGCUGUGGGGAACCAUUGAAGCGUCAAUCGCUGUUCUGAUCGGUUGCGGCCCCGGACUCUACCGCAUCAUCAAAGCCUACAUGUCCCCCUCCGUCCAAUCCUAUCAAUACGGCUCGUAUGCUUUUCAGCGACCAUCCGGCAAUGCGCUCCCUUCGUACAACUCUCAUAUUCAUGGGGGGAAGGAUAUCGCGCUUUCGCGUUUCUCGGUUUUGAGAUCUCACGACUCCGGUGCAUACAGGUCGAACAGUCCCUCAAGCAGUCAGGAAAAGCUGGCGAGCCCUAAGGAGAGGGGUAAUAUCUUGUUGACCUCACAUGUGACGGUCACCGUUGACGAACGAGACGGUUAUAUGGGUGAAAAUCGUAUAUAG